GACGUUCAAGUUAGCCGCGCUCUGAUACAGUGGCUAGCAGCGUGUUCGACCAUUUCUUGGGUUGUGGAUAAGUUGUGAAACAUUACGAGCUAUCUGGUACAUUGUGGUAGUCAGUAGCGAAGGGCAACCUUCCGUUCUCUCUCUUCUCAAAACAAAAGAGAGCAGAAAUGUACAACGGGAUUGGCCUGACCACGCCGCGUGGCAGCGGCACCAAUGGCUACGUGCAGCGCAACCUGUCGAGCGUGCGUGCCAAACGGCCACGCGAGGACAGGGGGAACGACGAGAAGGACCGCGAGCGGCUGGAGAACCAGCUGAACCGGCAGCCCAACGCUGAGAUCCUGGAGCACCAGCGCAAGAGGCAGCUGGAGGUCAAGUGUGCUGAGCUGCAGGACAUGAUGGAGGACCAGGGAUACUCUGCCGAAGAGAUUGAGGAGAAGGUCAACAGCUUCCGCAUGAUGCUGCAGGAACAGCUUGAACCUGCCCCCGCCCCCACAGAGCGACCCAAUGUGACGGAGACACAUGCCCUCGCCGCCGCAAACCAGCAGAAGAACGACCGCCUGAAGCAGGCGUUUGGCAUCAGCUCGGACUACGUGGACGGAUCCUCUUUCCACCCCGACCGCAAGGAGCGCGAGAAGGAGAAGAGGGAGCAGGAGAGGCUGGAGAGGGAGAAACUGCAGCAGCAGAAGUACCAGCUGAUACAAGAACCAGACUCUGACUCCUCACCUGAGCGCAAAGAAAGUAAGAAGAAGAAGAAAAAGAAAACCAAACAAAGAGACAGCUCAGAGAGCCGUUCCCCUUCCCCCAAACGUGACAAGAAGAAAGCCCAGAAGAAGAAGAAAAAGAAAAGGGCGUCUGAGGAUGAAGACAGCGACAGCUCGUCUGAAGAAAAGGAGACCUCCAAGAAGAAAAAGAAGGGUGGAAAGGACGACUCCCCACCUGCAAAGAACCGCAAGCGCCAGAGCGCAUCAUCCAGUCCUGCUCGCAGUGCAUCCCCUCCUGCACGGAAAGAGCGUCAGCAGAACCAGUCGAGCCACAAGGAGGCUUCUGACCGAGCGGCGAGGGGCCGUCACGAAGGGACACCCCCACAAAGAGGAGGUCGGGAGAAGCCAGUGAGACGCCAGAGCUCCUCCGAGGGAGAAAGGAGAGAGCGAGACAGAGACAGAGGAGGCAUGAAGGAGAAGCGGACGAGGCACGAUUCCUCCUCCUCCCCGUCCCCCUCCAGGGACCGGGGCGCACCCCCACGCCGCUCCAGAAGUGGAGACAGAGGGGCCGGGAGGAGGCGCGAGAAGGAGCCAGAGAAACCUCAGGAGAGGAAGAGGCACGACUCCUCCUCAUCCUCUGCUGGAUCACGCUCCCCGUCUCCAAAACGUCAGGCUAAGAGUCGUGAGGAGGAGCUCAGAAGGCUGGAGGAGCAGGAGAGGAUGAAGAGGAGGGAGCAGCCCCAGAGGAGACGACAAGACUCCCCUCCAGCCUCUCCAGGGAGAAGGGUGGCAGGAGACCCCACUAGGAGGGCACGCGGAAGCAGAGAGCGAGAACGAGGCGGCGGGAGAGAGAAGGAGGCAUCUCCCAGGCCCCCGUUCGACAGGGAGAGAGAGAGGGAGAGGGAGCGAGACCUGGGCGCCCCCAGGCAAAGAGACGCCGGCAGGGGGAGGGAGAAGGAGAGCUCCCCGCCACCAGCUCGGGCACGAGAGGGAGACCGGGAGAGGAACAGGCGACGAGACGGCUCCCUCACCCCUCCUCCUCCUAGACGCUCUCCCCUCGCCAACGGCCGGCCCAGAGACCGGGAGGAGGAGAGGAGAAACGAGAGGGGAGGCAGGGAAAGGGAGGAUAUCCGUACAAAUCGAGAGAGAGGCACCGACAGAGAGAUUGAGAGGGGUCGGGAGAGGGAGAGAGAGAGGGAGGACUCUCGCUCCGGACAGCAUCGCGGCCAGCCAGAUGCCUCUCCAGACAGGGCCAGAGGAGGACCUGCCGAGGCCUCCAGGCGGAUGGACAGAUCACCGGACGACAGGAGCAGGAGAGGCACGAAAGAAGUUGCCGAAAAGAAGCAAGACAAAGCGAAGGAGAAGAGCCCAGCCAAGGAGGAUGGGGCCAAACAGCAGAAGCAGAAAGCGUCCAAGAAGAAAGCCAAAGGCGACAGCAGCAGCAGCAGUAGCAGCAGUAGCAGCAGUGACGACAGCAGCAGUAGCAGCAGCGAUGACAGUGACAGCUCUUCGUCUUCCUCGUCAUCCUCCUCCUCCUCUUCAGACUCGUCAUCAGAGGAGAAGAAGAUGAGAAAGGUGAAGGCCGCUGUGGAGAAGAAAAUCAGUAGCGCUGUUGCCUCAGCACAAUCGGGCCAGAAAGAGAACGGGGCCAGGGAGAGGGACAGGAACAGAGACGGAGAGAGGGAGCACCAGGCACCGGCUCGCAAGGGCAGCCCCUCACCUCCUCCUCCUCCUACCCAGAGAGGAGAGCAGCAGCAGCAGCAGCAGCAGAGGGACCGGCGUGGCAAGGAGCGCUACAGCCCCACACAGGGCACCAGAGACCGCUCCUCCUCCGCCUCUCCUCCUCGUCGUGCAGCUCCCGGCGACCGGGGGGAUGGGACCAGGAGGCCUGGGGUGGACAACCAAUCCAGGGACCGGGACAGGGGGAGUGAGAGGGAUAGGCCCAGGGAACGUUUCUCCCCUGCCGAAAGGGACAGAGGGAAGGAGAGGUACUCUCCUACAGAUAUGGACAAAAGUAGCCCCCCUCCUCCUCCUCAGAGGGGCGGAGGGAGAGCGGGCGACCGCUACUCCCCCACUGUGCCCACCAGAGAUGGCGGUGGUGCCCGCGACCAGAGCAGAGGGCGAGGGGGAGAAGGGGCGUCUGACAGGGACGUCCAGCGCCCAUCUGCCGGGCAGAGGGAGGGCGAGAGGGAACAGAGGAUGCGAGGAGGGUCGCCAACCGACUCCCCAAGGGCAGGACGCACACCUCCCCGUCAGUACCAGGAGCCCAGCCGGGCUGCUCGCUCCCCAAAGAGACUUUCUCCGGCCCGCUCGCCACCACGCCGAGAUCGCAGCAGAGACAGGGAGAGGCAGCGGGAACGAGAGAGGGAUCGGGACCGAGUGGACAGGAGUAGAGAUGCAGAGCGGAGUAGAGGAGAUCGGCCACCGGCCAGAAGAAGCAGCAGGUCCCGCAGCCCCAGGAGCCCCAGGAGGCACAACAGCCCCCCCUUCAGGUCUCGCCGCUCCCCAUCCCCCCGAUCCCGCCGCAGAAGCAGCCGGUCGCUGUCCAGAGAGCGUGAGCAGGAGAGGGUUCGGGAGAGAGAGAGGGAACAAGAGAGGAACCGUGUGCGAGAAAGAGAACAGGAAAGGACUCGAGAGAGGGAGCGAGAGCAGCAGGAGAGGGAGAAGCGAGGAGGCCGUCCUCAGGCCAAGGCAGCCUCCCCAGCCAAGCGCUCGGGGUCAUCAUCCUCCUCUUCGUCAUCCUCUUCCUCAUCUUCGUCAUCCUCCUCUGACUCUGACUCGUCGGCCUCUGAUGGUGAGGCAGGGAAGGCCGGGAAGGAGCAGAGCCAGAAAGCAGACUCUCAGAAGGAGGCAGGGAUGAGGAGAGAGCAGGACAAACAGAGUGUUGAGAGGAGGAGGUCUCCAGAAAGAAGGUCUCCUCCUCCAAGGAGGAGGUCAGUUGAAAGGAGGUCUCCUCCUCCUCCGAGGAGAUCAGCUGAGAGGAGGUCUCCUGACAGGAGGAGGUCUCCAGAAAGAAGGCGGUCUCCUCCGAGGAGAUCCCCUGAUAGGAGGUCUGCAGAAAGGAGAAAGUCUCCUGAAAGGAGGUCUACGGACAGGAGAUCUCCUGAUAGAAGGAGGUCUCCAGAAAGGAGAAGAUCUCCAGAGAGGAGGCGGUCUGCGGAGAGAAGGAGGUCUCCUGAAAAGAAGAGGUCCGGGUCUCGGGACAGACGACCUCCAUCCACCCAAUCAGAGCGCAGCAGACCACAAGGCAAAGACGCUCCUUCUCCAAGCCGGCCCUCUGCAGAGCCGAGGGAUUCAUCAAGAGGAGUAGCAGUAGUAGCAGCAGCAGGAGGAGAAGGAGGAAGAAGUAGCCACAGGGGUCAGUCGGGUUCUCGGUCGCCCCAUCAGGCGAAGAAGGCCAGCACGGCGGCGCCGAAGAGUGCGGUGAACGGGCAGCCGGACGUGGCGGAGAAACUGAAAAAGUGCUGGCAGGGAAGCUCCAGUUCCUCGUCCUCAUCGUCCUCAUCUUCAGCGUCGUCCUCAGACUCGUCAGACAGCUCAGACGCGGAGGCUGAGCAAACGAAAAGCACUGUUGCUGAGCCACGAAAGAGGAGGUCCCCAUCAUCUGGCAGCGAGAAGGGGGGUAAAAAGAGCCCAUCCCAACGUGAAAGAGUGCCAGCUGAUUCGCUGCGAGACUCCCGCUCCCUCAGCUAUUCUCCUCCAAUGAGAAUGCGCCGUGGUGGCCCGUCCCCGCCCCAAAAGAGGAGUGGCAGUAGGAGGUCGAGGAGCAGAUCGCCCAGCACCAAGAGGAGAAGAUGAGCCUAACUCCAGCACCUGCAGCCCCCUUUACUGCUGUUCCCGUUUCUCUUUUGUAUUUUUGAAAUCUCUUGAUGUACUAAAACUGGACUAUGCCACCUAGCCAUUGUAGAGUUGGGAGUAGGUGGCCAAUAAAAAAAGACAUUUACCCCAUGCGAAUGUGAUUGUUGAAAUCACUUUUGUAUUAUGAAAGACGGAACAAUUGCAAGACAAACACAAUGGAAACGAUAAAUGUCCACGUCCAUGCAACAGCCUGGGCACACACAUGCACACACAUGUACACUCUUUUUCUGUGAGCAUUCGUUGUUAUGAAUGUAGGUUUCAUUUUCUGUAACUUUGCUUUCUCCAAAUGGACAGUGUAACCCAAGACUGUGAGUAGACCUUCAACUUUUUCGGUUCUCUUUGUGCAACGUAAUGAUUUAAGUAAUAAAGGCUUAAAGUCUCUUAUGUUUUACUUUUUUGCAAUUAGAUUGUAACCUCUGUGUCUACUUGUACAAAGCUGUACAUUGUGGGAUCUGUGAUGGCCUGAGGCACAAGUAUAGCAGUACUGCUCAGAUGAAUCAAAUGUACCGUCUGGCUAUCCCCACACGUCCUGCAAUGUGGAUUUAAUUGUGCAGUUUGUCAGCACUGGUGUCAAAAAUGAAAUAAAUGACUUGCAACGUU